AUGAUGGAGUCUCUCUAUUCACGCCUGAGGAGGGUGAACAAGCACAACCUACGCACCCUAAAAGCGCAGCCACUCAACGAACUUUCUGGAGCCCUGGGCGAUCUGGGAACUUUGCUGCCUCUGCUUAUUGCUCUCACCUUGACAAAGAGCAUAUCAUUAUCUGCUACUUUGGUCUUUUCGGGGAUCGCAAACAUAGCGACUGGAGUCGCAUUUGGUAUACCGCUACCUGUGCAACCCAUGAAAGCUAUAGCUGCCAUAGCCAUCAGCCAGUCCUAUACCAAGACCGAGAACAUUUCUGCUGGCCUUUUUGUGGGAGGUGUUGUGACACUCCUUAGUCUUACUGGCCUUCUCAAAUGGUUCGGCCGCAUAGUGCCUAUUCCUGUCGUCAGAGGCAUUCAGAUGGGAGCUGGUUUUGCUCUGGUCAUCUCCGCAGGAACCAGUCUUCUCAAGCCCCUCGGUUGGAUCAGUCCAAACUGGUCAGACAACUGGCUAUGGGCAAUGGCCGCAUUCUUCUUUCUCCUCGUCUCAUCCUUGGUAUCCCGAGUCCCAUAUGCUUUACUCGUCUUUAUCCUCGGUCUCACAUUCGCCGGUAUCAAUCUCAACACCUCGCACCCACCACCUCAGCCCUCGUCAGGCUUUCAAAUCUGGCAUCCCAGGAUCUACAUCCCGUCCCCUCAGGACUUUUACAAGGGUGCCUUCGAAGCCGGUCUGCCCCAACUUCCUCUCACAACCUUGAAUAGCAUUUUGGCGGUAACGUCUCUCUCGUCCUCUUUAUUCCCUUCUUACCCACCCACCCCCACAAAUACACAGAUUGGCCUCUCAGUCGGCCUCGCAAACCUCAUCGGCUGCUGGUUCGGCGCCAUGCCCAUCUGCCACGGCUCCGGCGGCCUAGCAGCUCAACACCGCUUUGGCGCCCGCAGCGCGNCCUCCAUCAUCAUCCUCGGUGCCGUAAAACUGCUGCUCGGCCUCUUUGCCAGCGACUCUGUCAUCCCUCUCCUCUCCCUCUUUCCAAAAUCUCUGUUGGGAGUUAUGGUGUUAGCUGCUGGAGUGGAACUUGCCAAAGUGGGUCAAUCGCUAGACGACGUGCAAGAUGCAUGGCAAGCCACAGAGCAAGAAAACGAAGAUGCGGAUGCCACGGAUAAGAGACGCAAACUCAACGAGCAAGAGAAGAAGAAUCGCUGGGCUGUCAUGUUGAUUACUGUGGCUGGAUGUUUGGCGUUCAAGAAUGAUGCUGUAGGGUUCAUUGCGGGCAUGGUGUGGCAUUGGGGUUUGAAGAUGUCGGAGUGGGUGCAGGAGAGACAGUGGAGGAGUCAGAGGAGAUUGACGCGCUUCUUUACGUCGCAAGAGUAUAGGGAUGGCGAGGAUGCGCCUCUGUUGCGUAACGAUGAUGCUUGA